UGAAAUGAAAAAACCUUUGAUGUGAUAUCAAAUGCAUCCCGCACACGUUCUUUUUUUCUGUAAAUCUUUCACUGUACCGAAACAAAAAUAAAAUGGAGGACUACUCCUUCUAAAAAGUGUACAAAUUUUCAUAUUAUUUAACUCCACAUAAGUUUUUCAAAAUUUCAAAAUAUGAAGGUUAAACUACAAGAUAGUCAUUAUCUUCUCAGCAAAUUAUACUUCUCGACCAUUUUUAUAACUUUGUUUGGCAUUAGUUUCACUCAUUCAGCCUGCCACACUUAUCACUACACUCCAGAUGACUGCGGCCUAAUUGAAGAAAUACCGGGCGACACUCGGACGCAAAUUCCAUGGACGGCGGGCAUCUAUCUAAAAACCGUGGGGGGCGGAUUUGCCCUCCACGCCACGGGAACUAUCCUCUCUCCAACCACGAUCCUCACCGUGUUCACGUCUCCGCUAGAAAAACUUGCGAAAAGGAUAAAACCCGGGAGAAAUUCGGGUCCUGAAAACUUUUUAGUCGGGGUCGGUUUACGUUCCGGAAAUUUGAGUGGACACCACGCCGAUAAACACUCACAAUUUGCAGAGGUUUCCUUCAUCGAACCCUACAUAACACAGGAAAGUUCCCAGAGAGACUUUCACUUUGUCAUGUUUCACUUAAAAACUACGCUGGAUUUCUCGACCCCCUUCGUCAAAUCGAUCUGCCUCCCGCACUUCCAACUUGGGCGGAACCCCGGCGGAAAGGGGGAAUUUUUACAUGGCGGUUUCCUCAAAUUGAAACAGGCGGGAAAUAAAGGCGGGCUUUUUCCCGGCGAGGAUGACGCCGGGCUGCAGGUCCACUUCGUCCAGACCGUCAUGGGCUACAAUUGUGUCAAAAGUUAUGAAAAAUAUUACGGCGGCGGCGUCUUUCCCGUCGGAAUGUUUUGUGCCGUGAUGCCUCCCCCAGUUCCAAAUUCUGGAAUCUCUCCACCGACCGGAUGCCUAAUGCAGGGAAGCGCCGUAACGACAAAAAUCGGUCAUCAAUAUUAUCUCGCCGGUCUGACGACGUACGUUCGCGGCCGAAAAGGUGGCCUCUGUCGAAACGACACCGUCUACUUCAACUCCAGACUCUCCACGGCCAAUGAAUGGAUCGAAAAAAGCUUGAGGUGCAGCCCAUUCAGUUUUUCCUGCUUCGACGGGACCUGCAUCCCCCUCGAAUCGGUCUGCAAUUCGGUUCGGAACUGCUUGGAAGACACCGAUUCGGACGAGCAUGACGUUCUCUGCGACAUAAACCGCACCUGUGGAGGGGACCCUUCCCUCCAUCAGUGCAAUUUGGGCGGGGGCGGAUGCAUUUCCAAGCAGCGGAUUUGCGACGGCGUUCGAGACUGUGACCAAGGUUCGGAUGAAAGCCCGAUUUUGUGCAAUAGGGAAAUCAUCAUCGCAGGGUCGCGGAGUUCGAGACACAUUUCCAAAGAUAAUUCCCUCCCCCAGCAGCAACAUUGCCCAUCAAUUCACGAAUCAGACGGCGUCCAAAUCGAGUACGUCACCCUGAAUAGGAACGCCUUGGCAAAUUGCACUUUCAUUCCGGAAGGAACGUUUGCAAUUUCAAAAUGCAAACCCUUCCAUAAAUCAACACAAAUCCAGUCACGAUUAGAACAGCAAUGCAACGAAGAUGGAAAAUGGAGUGACGCAAACGUCAAAAUGCAGUGUGAACCAGAUUGUGGCAUCAUCAAUGAAAAGAUAACUUUCUCCGGGACAAAUUUCACCAAAAACGACGCCAUCGUCCUCCCGUGGCACACACUACUUUUCAACUUGGAUCGUUCCACGCAAAAAAUAAAAUUUGCUUGUGGAGCUACCAUAAUUUCGACAAAAUAUUUAAUCACUGCCGGCUCCUGCUUUGAGCCCAACGCGUCUCUCAAAUCUUUCAAAGUUGUGGGCGCCGCGGUGGGAAAAAAUUUCUCGGAAAAUUUGAACCAUGAUCGACCCUUCAUUACGGACAUUGACAACGUCUGGAGACCCGACGAAUUUGACAGAAAAUCCAGAUCCGCCGAUAUCGCCCUCAUCAAGCUCAAACGACCCUUACCGUUCGGUGCCUUGAUUCGCCCCGCCUGUUUCCUAGAUAAGUAUAGCAUCGAUAAUAAAAUCGCCGCACUUCCGAACAACCCUUCCGAACCUUCGAGCCUGAUUUCCUUUGCACAAACGGGUCUCCACAUUCACAACUUCCCUUCCGUCGCAGAAAUGGCAUGUGUCACGAAUACUUUUGGCGUCACGACGGCAGCCCAAUUCCAAUGCGUGGGGCACAAGCAGGGAAAUUCUGUCCGACAAGUUGACACCGGAGGUGCAUUCGUCACUCUGACCAAGACACGGUUUGGGUCCAGAUAUUCAUUAAAGGGAGUGAUGAGCUACGAAGAAAUCCAAGAUUCCGAACCCAUCAGUCAUUUCACAUCGGUGGAAAAGUAUCGUGCCUGGAUAGCGGAAAUUAUCGCGUAUUAAUUAAUUAAUUAAUUAAUUAAUUAAAUUUUAAUUAAUUUUAUUACCACAGAAGCCGUGGGGACAUUUCCAUUGGAAGGGGGGCAGAUGAUGAGGACAUCAAAUAAUCAUGGGGACAUUUUCCCCACACUUCUGCGGCCAUUGAUCAAACGUGGUCUACUUAUUUAUUCAUUUUCGACUUUUUAAUCCCACAAGUUUUAAGCAAACUUUUGUAAAUCUCAAAUUAUUUUCUCAAAUUACAAUUUUUGCCUCAAUAUUUUUAGGUUUUCAGAAAUAUAAAUGCUUUAAUCAUUUAUAAAAAAUCCUCAUUUUAUUUAAAAAAUUCCAAUGUUUCUUGGAGAAAACGCUUCCUUUAUAACAAAAAUGGUACGCGAUCUAGAUUUUCAUUUAAAAUUUAAUAAAUCAUAAAUUAAAUAAACGGCGUCUAAUUAUUAACAAAUAAUUCGAAAAUAUUUUUUUUGUAAAAAAAACUAUUUUCACAUGAAUUACAAUUACUACAACUUUUUACUCUUAUCACAUUAGCUCCACCGUGAUAACUUCCCUUAUCUUUCUGACUAUAUUAAGAGGUGAAAUCCCUUUAUGUCUUGUCUGUCCGUCCAUCUGUGUCCAUGAUAAGUUUAGAACGGAUUCGAAUUUCGACAUGAGGUUUUGGCCAACGU